CUGCUGCUGGUGUGUGUUGUCAUUAAAGUGAUUAUUUUCCCCGAAAACGACUGUGCUGUGGUUCCGCAACAAUUUCGUUCGAGAAAUGGGCAGUAAAUCCGUGCGAAAUAUGUAGCCAAAAUACGUGCAUUCCGUGCCGUCGGUGCCCCGCUCGUGUUUGGUGUUAUUUGUGACCCGGGACCGGACCGUUUCGGGGUGAAAAAUUCAUUUUGAAAAUCGCAGUGAAACCAGUGAAAAAAUCUCCCAAUCAACAAUGGCGGCGACCAUCUUCUUCUUGCCGCAGCCGUGGUCGUGGUUGUUGCAGAAGCAGCAGCAGCAGCAAAAGUGGUCUCCCGUCGUCGUCCGAAACGAAGCCGCGGUCGUCAGCAGUGGACGCACACUGGAUUUCGGUGGUUGAUGCGGAGCUGCCGCCGGAUUUGCGGGAAUAAUCGUGAUUUUGUGGUUUCGUUGGGAGUGAAAAGAUAAACUAGACACUGGGAUCACUACUAAAUCCCGUGUGAGUGGGUUCAGCAGGAAAGACGACUGCUUUAGCUAGACUGGAAGUCAGUGGAAGUAAGCUCCCCCUAAGUGUCCGUGCGCGGCUGAAGAAAUAAGGGACGAAUUUGUCCCCAUAUUCCAGAGUGAAGAACGUAUUUUACGUGAAAAGUUUGAUUGUGCAUUUGAAAACCGUACUUUGUUUACAUUCUGCUGUGGAAAUCGUGAAGAAGAGCCAUUAUUUUCCGUUCUGUUGUGCAUACAGUGAAGAGUGUGUGGGAGACCGCUGUGUAGAAAGAUCAGAAAAGAAGGUAACGUAAAGAUUGCGUGAAUUAGGAAUACCUAUGGAUCCGGAGCAGAUUACGAUCGAUGAGGAUUUUGAUGAUGGGUCUACUGAUGGAGGCUAUGGAGAGUACGAUUUUAUGCAACAGGAUCAGGAUGUUCUGUCGGUUACAGCAACGCCAUUAGAUGCUAUUUUGGAUCCAACUACUACACCAAACGCUUGUCAAACGCCCUUGAUUGGCGAAUCUCUGGAGCUGCCGCUUCAGCUUACAGCCGCCAAUAGUAGCGAUAUUCAGCAGCUUCAAAAGCAACAGCAAUCUCAACAGGAAUCAUCCGUUCCGCUAGUGCGACCAAUUACGAUCCCCUUAACUGGGCGGUUUGGUCUCGGUGGAGGUAAACCGUCGGCUGCGGCACUUCGUCGAGGGCCUGGCCGACCAAAGAAGGAUUUUCUGCCGUUACUGAAAAUGUCGUCAAACCCAUCCGGUAGUGGCGGCAGUAGUGGAACCGGAGGAAACCCGGCGCUCUCCGGACCAACAUUGAAAUUCAGUGGAGGUGUGCUUACCGGGACCGGCUUGGAAGCGAAAGUCAUCAAAAGAUUUAAGAGUACUAAUGUAGUUCGUGGUAGUAUUCCUAAAAGGAAAACUGACACAACCUUGUCCGGUUUGGGAGGCGACGGAAUGUCCUCUUCCAGUGGUUUAACGCCGUUACUGUUGCCAUCCCCGGGAGAUGAGACUACCAGCACGGCCAACAGCUCGGUAGCGUCCACUCCCACGGCAGAGAUGGAAACCGAUCCGGCCCUGCUGAUGCCCGCACCGGAAGAAUCCCCGUACUUUCCGGAAAAAUAUCCGGGUAAGAUGUGCGCACUGUGCAAUCUGGGCGAACGCAGCCAAUUGGGCCAGGGUGAAAUGCUGCGUAUCGAGGUCAAGGAUGAUGCACAGGUGGCGGUAGCGGCUGCGAUGCAAUCCCAGGAAGAGAAAAGUCCAAUCGUGAGUCCCAGUGAGAGUCCAAAGACGGGCAUUGUGCUCGGAGUUCCACCACUGUUGAGCAGCAACAAGAGACAGAAGGGAUUGAACAAGUGCAAGAAUCCGGUGAUCACGGCAGAGUACGUGGAUGAGCUGGAGAAGAUAGGUCAUGCCGAACCGACAGAUUUCACCAGCAUCAAUGACAGCGGUUAUUUCUACAUUCAUCGAUCGUGUGCAAUCUGGUCGUUCGGUGUCGGUCGUGAUGCCAUCUCCGGAACAAUAAGCAAUUUGGAAGUGGUGGUUGCACAGAGCUUAAACAAAAAGUGCUACUUUUGUACAAGAUACGGCGCCAGUUUGUCGUGUAAGAUGUCGUGCCCGAAAUCGUUUCAUUUUCCGUGCAUAGCGGCAGCCGGUGGGUUCCAGGUGAUCCAAUCGUACAACUGCUUCUGCAAGGAACAUCUCGGACAAGUGCCUUUAGUGUGUUCGGACGACAUCAACUGCCGGCAGUGCUCGGGCCUGGGAGACGUCGGGAACCUGAUGAUGUGUUCGAUCUGCGGCGACCAUUACCACGGGAAGUGCGUCGGGUUGGCCCAGUUGCCGGGGGUGCGGGCCGGUUGGCAGUGUUCUUCGUGUAAAAAGUGCCAGAUUUGUCGUGUGCCUGACUCGAGCGAGGGUCGAACCGUGGGCUGCGAGCAGUGUGAUAAAAUUUACCACGCCAGCUGCUUGCGACCGGUGAUGACAUCCAUUCCAAAGUACGGGUGGAAGUGCAAAUGUUGUCGAGUGUGUUCGGAUUGUGGAUCGAGGACACCUGGCGCGGGAGCAUCAUCACGAUGGCAUGCCCACUAUACAGUUUGUGACUCGUGUUAUCAGCAAAGGAACAAGGGAUUCUCAUGUCCGAUUUGCCAUCGAGCCUACAGAGCAGCAGCUCAUCGGGAAAUGGUCAAAUGUAGCGGGUGCAAUAAGUUUGUGCAUAGCACGUGCGAUCCAGAGGCAGAGCUGACGGUUUACCAUGCAAAAAAGGAGAACAACCCGGAUUACGAGUACUUGUGCAGCCCGUGCAAAGCGACUCUGCACACGGGGCGAUUUGCGGCUAUGAGGAGAACCAGCAGUAUUGAUGAUGACAGCAUGUCUGCAUCAAUGGAAAGUUUGGAACAAGUAGACCCAUUGGAACUGGAUCCGGAACCAAGGGAACGGAUUACCACCGGUGAUAUAGGUUUGGGCAAAGGAAAGCCCUAUGUGGCCAGCAAAAUUGCUAAAAAGAGACUCGGAUUGUCGUUGAGCGGAAGCUCCAGGCCAAAAGGAACCGGAAAAGGAUUUCAGAAGAAGUCCCGCUUGGCGGACUUUAGUCGAAAACGUGGACCCAAAGCUAAGAUGCGUGGAAUAUUUGGCGUCCCUGGUUUGGGAUUACAGCGCCCUACUGCCGACGUUUCCACUAGCAAAGCUUCAGAAGAAGAACCUGGUGGUGAUAACCGACUAGUGCUUUGCUCAGCCAAGGAUAAAUUCGUAUUAACACAAGACAUUUGUGUGAUGUGCGGAGCGAUUGGAACUGACCAAGAAGGUUGCUUGAUAGCUUGUACUCAAUGCGGCCAAUGUUACCAUCCCUACUGUACUAAUGUCAAGGUGACGAAAGUUAUCUUACAGAAAGGCUGGCGUUGUCUUGACUGUACCAUCUGUGAAGGGUGUGGUCAACGGAACGACGAAGGUAGGCUGAUUCUUUGCGAUGAUUGCGACAUUUCUUAUCACAUAUAUUGUAUGGAUCCUCCACUGGAGCAUGUUCCUCAGGGUAACUGGAAGUGCAAGUGGUGUGCUAUUUGCUUGAAAUGUGGAUCAAGUAAUCCCGGACACAACAGUAACUGGAUAAACAAUUACUCCGAGUGUGGCCCUUGUGCUAGUCAGGUGAACUGUCCCGUUUGUGCCGAAGGAUACGUUGAGGGGGAGUUGAUAAUCCAGUGUAACACAUGUGAACGAUGGCUGCACUGUGGAUGUGACCAGAUGAAAACCGAAAACGAUGCCGAGCGUUGCGCGGAAGAUGGUUACAACUGCGUUCUCUGCCGACCAUUUGAUCAACCACCUCCUCACUUAGUGCCCAAGAAAAAAACCCUACCCACGCCGAUUCCAACCCCAAAAUCAACUCCGAAAGCAGAAGAGAAAAUCAUUCCUCUCGCACUAGAAGGGAACCAUUACUUGGACGGAGUUUAUCUAAGCGAGCAUGGGCUUCACCAAAUAAAAUCUCUGCAGGCAGAAUUUGGAAAGCGCGGUAAACGGAAACCUAAGAUGCAGCUGGAACCUCCUUCCAAGGACAAAGACGAUGGCAUAAUGGCAGCAAUUGAGUCAGUCAUAGCCGGGAGUAGUCUGGACAAUUCCUUCGACGACGUCAAAGUCGAACCUUUGGACCCCAAAGAGGAAGCCGAAAUCUACAAAGAUGGUAUGGUUUGGAACGAUCCGACUCCACCGGAGGGAUUUGCCUUGUGCACCAAUGAGCAAGGUAUAGUGGUGUUGAGGAAAAAGAGGCAAAGAAAUCUGCAGAAAUUAGGCAUCGGAGGUUUCUUUGUGCGUAAUCGAGCCGUUCGAAUAAAGGAUGGAAAAGACGACGAUGAACUGGUCGAUGGACUUGUUCCGCAACUCGGUGAUGAGUCGGUUCCUGAAGUUAAACCCAAGAAGAAACCAAUAAGACGGAAGCAGAAAAAUAAGCUAAUUGAAAAUUAUCCUCAAAUUCUUCAGGAUGCCUUCUUUGGCAGAUCCUUGUUGAACUCUAAUGCGCCUCCUGUUAAAUUUGAAGUACAGGAAAGUGACGACGAGGUAAAAAGUGACGUCUCUGAAGAUAAAAUUAUCAAAUUGACUCCUGCUGAAUUGAAGUAUGUAGAAGAAAUGAAGAUCAAGGAACAGAAACUACUGCAGGAGCAAAAAGCUUUACAGCAGAGUAUGGAACAAGCUCAGUCGCAGGCCAACAAAGCACUACAAUCUGCCGGCGGGGGAAUGCCAGGUUCUGGAGACAACGGAGCUGGAGCGAUAAAAACCGAGGAAGACGAUAACAGUGAUUCGGAAGCGUUGAAGGACCUGGGUUUCCCGAACGAUUUGAUUGAAGAGGAUUUUGUUAACAGCAUCAUAAACAACGAUGAGGAGCUAACGAAGACGUCAGUGGCUCUCGAGGAACUGACAGCCGAUGGGGAACUUGGUGAUGGAUUGAACAAACCAUCCAAAAAUGAGUUGAACGACAUUCUAAGUUCGGAUUUCAAUCUGGACAAUUUGGACUGCAAAGACGUUGAGGAGAUUUUCAAAAAUGUUCUAACUGAUGAGUCGCAGGAAUCUCAAGAGUCGUUAUUCACAAACUCGAUGACUCCAUACACAUCGAGUACGUCCACUCCUUCACACAGCAUUGACGUGACGAAGAAAGUAGUACCGCAAAGAUAUCUUAACAAUCCCGUGCUGGGGCUACAGCAACAGCCCUCAACGCCCACAAGUCAGCCCAUGAUUGUGGACCCAACCUUGCAGGUCAAUAUGGGGAUGCAAUCGCCACAAACUCCACUGAUGAAUCAAAUGGGCAUGCAGUCGCCUCACAUUCAACAAUCGCCGCAGCAUCAACCUAUGGGAUCGAAUAUGAUGAUUCAACAGCCAUCGCCAUUACAGCAGCAACCGGGUACUCCUGGUACCCCGAUUCAGUCCCUAUCGGCGCCGACCACUCCGCAGCCACAUCUGCCGAUGAUUCCGUCCCAACAGCUGCAGCAACAAUCGGGCCAGAUGCAACUGCAACAGCCUCCACAGACAAUGAUUCUUAACCCUCAGCAGCAACAUGCUGGGCAACAACAGCAGCAGCAGCUUAACCGAGGGUAUUACACUAAUAAUUUCCUUCCGCAAAGGAACCAAUUCAGUAUGGGCGAUCCAAUGCAGCAACAGACGCAACAAAUCGUAACUCAGCAAGUCAUUCCAGGGGUGCUUCCCCCACAGCAGCAACAACCGCCACAAAUGCCACAAACCGUAGGGCCAGGGCCAGGACAGGGUCAGUGGGUCCCUGCUGGUCAACAAAUGCCGACAGGUCCGGGCAUGCCCAGUAUGCUAUCAUCUAUUCCAACUGGCCCACCAACUAUGGGACUUGGGCCAACGGGACCGGAAAUGACGGCCAGCAUGGGUGCAAUGGAUGAUAACAUGGGAGCGAUGCCCUCAGCUUCAGCCGCACAGAAAAUGUCCGAACGCAUGCGACUAGAUGAACCCCUCGGAGUGCUGGCCACCAUUUCAUCCGUUCUGUUCUGCAACACGGAGCACCCGGAACUGAAGCUGGAGUAUCCCAACUGGAGUGACCGGUGUAAACAGAUUUUCAAACGCUGGCGACUUUUAUCAACCGAACAGAAGCAGCCCUACCUGCAAAAAGCUCGGGAUAACCGAUCGGCCAUCCGGAUUAAGAAAUCACAACAGGUACCACAAAUGUCACCUAAAGACGGCAAUAGUAAUAGUUCAGGUCAAGUGAAUGUAGUUCCAUCACCUUCCUCAUCUUCAUCAUCACAACCACCAUCAUCAGUCGUCGUGCAACAGCAACAGCAGCAAAGUGGCGUAGCUGUAGACACAACGCUUUUGAUCGGUACUGCCGAUCCCUCGCAAAUGAUGACCUCGAGUAUCCAGCAGCAGCCACAACAUCUUCAGAUGCAACAACCCCAGAUGCAACUUCAGCAGCAACAGCAAGUGCUUAAACCAUUACAGCACCAUCAGCAGCAGCUAAUAGAGGUGCAAGGAAAUUCUUUGGACGAUGGAACGGAUAGUUUAGACGAGCUAACAACAGCAUCUAAUUCUAACGCUAUUAGUGCCCUUCUCGAUAGUAACACCAACCCCUCCUCUUCUAACGAUACUAAUACCAAUGCAUCCCUAGACUCUGUUAUUGGUGACGGUAGCAAGAAUGCCACUACAAGCACAUCCACCACUACUUGCACCGGUACUAUCAACACUAAUUCAUUACUGUCCAACAACACGCUAAGCGACAAUGCGACGUCGAAUGUUCUUUCCUGUAGCCAGGAUAAAUCGGCUCCAACCUCCAGCAAUAGUGCAGCAGACAAACCCAAUCUGCUGGUGGCGGCCAAUAUUGCAAACACUUUCAUAAACCUCUCGAACAUUAACCCGGGAGUUAGGAAUGAUUCCGAAUCGGAUCAAGCUCAACAACAGCAGCACCAAAAUUCGGUUUCGCAUUCAAAUGUCAACGUUGUGGUGAGCCAACCUGUGACCGCACAUGUUAUGAAGACUUUCACUAUCGGUACAAACCGAGGGAAUAUUUUCGUGCCCAACGUAAUUGCCACCAAUAUUUCUCCUCAUUUUACCGUUCAUCACCAUCAAUAUGGUCUAAGAAACGGCCCUGCACCAAAUGUGACAGUAAACCCUAAUGGAAAUUUCAACACCAACUCCAGCGCCGUUAUAAGACCAGGAUUCACUCACAUUAGACCAUUUUUGCCUCAAAGCUCAAACAUUAACUUUAACAUCAUUGGAAACAGUUCUACUAUUCAAUCCCCAAUAUUGGCUGCCUCAUUGCAAACGAUCAACAAAAUUGCCGCUCAACAACAGCAGCAGGCUCAACAUCCCGGCGUGCAACAUCCUUUGGUAAGAACGGGAGUUAAUAAAUUCAUAAACGUUGGCCCCGAUGGUUCGCAAAAAAUACUUCUUGCCACACCUGUACAGCACUUACAGGCCCAACAACAGGUUAUGCUGCCCAUAGAACGCCAGCAGGCGCCCGGCACCCCAAGUCCCGUCUACAGUCCACAACGCUCGCAAACGCCUUGUGUUUCUCGAUCUCUAACACCUCACCUACAAGCCAAUAUGGCGAACAAUGAUCAGCAAAUUCGGGUACUUACGCCAUCUGAAAUAAUGCGAACGCUUCCGUCCUUGGAUUCGGCCUCAUUCGAGAGUCACAUGUUGAACGAUUCCUUCGGCAAGUCGCAUUCACAAACACACACAAUCAUUGCCAACACACAAAACCUAAACAACACCAACAUGAGCAGCGUAACUCAUUCAAACAAUAACAACAAUAGUAUGGGUAGCGAUUCGAACAAUUGCAAUAUCAAUGAAUCUAGUGGUAGCGAAAGCUUCGAAAGUCUCGUCAACAACAGCAACCCGUUGCAGGAAUCGAGCAGCAAUGGGGGCAAUACUACCGGACCAGAUUACAGCGACACCAGUGGCUGCCUACUGGCCGCAGAUGCGGCUGCUUCCUACAACGGCGAACCCGGUUGUCCCUCAAAUCCAAUGACCACCAUCGACACCCCAUGCUCGCUAGGUGCCAAUACCAGUGCAACCUCCACCGCCACCAUUGUCACGAACACAACUAGUUAUUCCUCCUCUUCUGCUACCACUAGUGUUACUACCACUACCUCUACUACUACCACUACUACUACUACUGUUGUUACUACCACUUCUACUACCGCACCAGAAACGGACCAGGACAAGAUAAACUCCCAACAGAAAAGUAUGCGCGAGGCAGAACAGGAGCGCCAGUGGAAGCAACUGCAGCAGCAACGUGCUCGCGAGCAGCAAACGCAGCAGCAUAUGAUGAUGCCUGAUCAAAGAAUGCAAGACGCUUCUAUGCAACUGCAAGUUACCACUGACAGUGCUACCGGCAUGGGACCUAUGGCUAGCCCCUCGCCUACAUCUCGUAAUCAAUUUGUUUCACCGGUGAAUAAAAACCGUAUGGUUCCGGUAGGACAGAACACACCGUCUAGUCCGGUUCCAAACUUCCAGCACCCCGGUAUGGCCAAUCGGCCUAUGUCUGUCCCAAUGCAGCAACAGCGACCCGGUCUUCCCGGACAGCAACGACCCAAUCAAAGUCCAUUCUCUCCUCAAUCUCAGCCCCCACAGUCUCCGCUCGAUAUGCUACCAGAAUCUCCCGUCAGCCAGGGUGGAUUGGAUCCGUUUGCCAGACCACCCUCAGAAGGAGUGCCGGACAGUUACGUGCAUCAUUCGCCUCAAACACCACGCUCGGUUGGCCAUCAGAGUCCAAUUCAGACACCCAAUCGCAGCCCAGCCUAUUCCGGUCAGCCAAUGCCCAAUCCUCAGACUGCGAUGAGAAUUAAUCUGGAUACGCCGUACGCUCAGGCUCCCGGAACGCCGAGACCGCAAUUUGCUGGAAAUCAAGGCCGUCAAACGGUUUACGCGAGACCCGGUGAAAUGUUCAGCCCGGUUCAAAACUCUCCGUUCACUUCUCCUCGUCAGGAUGGAUUUAAUCAACCUGUACAGGAAGGUAAUCGACAAUUGCGAGAUUUGCUACAGAGACAGCAACUGCCCACCACCGGUCCAGGACAAGUGAUGGUACAACCUCAACAACCGACAUUACAGUCACCACAGCCGAUGCAACCGCAAUCUCCAUAUAUGGAAGAUCCGCAAGCAUCUGGACAACUACAACAAACUCCGCAACAACAGCAACAACAACAGCAGCAGCAACAACCCCAAUUGCAACAAAUGCCUAAUCAACAAUUACAAACAACUCCCAUGGACAAUGGAACAUUCCGGCAACCGUUGCCUCCGAACAUGAUGGCACGACCACGAAUGCCGGGGCCUGCUGGUGGAAUUCGACCACAAAAUCCCGGUAUGGUGCAAGGCCCCAACGGUCCUGUUAUCAGACAGCAGAUUAUCCGAACGGCAUCAGGAGGCCAAAUGUUGAUUACACAACCAAUGCCGCAACAACAAAUCAUGAGACAACGGAUGCAAUUACCAAACCGUCCGGAUGGGUCCUUUGUUGGUCAACUACAGCCUGGAGGCCACGUUCAAUCAAUGGGGCAACCUCAAAUUGGUCAAAUGCAGGGUGCAUUAACUUCUCAAACGGAUCAGCAAAAUAUUGCCUUACUGGCGCAGCGUUUGGCGGGAGAAGGUGACGCACAUGUGCCUGCAGCAAGUGGUGCUCCAGCUAAUUCGCCUGCUGUAGCGCAAGGAACUGCACAACAGACUCAACCGACAAGUGGUGGAGAAGGAGCUUCUGAAAUUCCGGAUAGCGUUUCGGCCGAACUGGAAAAGCUCGAACAGGAGGACAAUACAGGAAUUGGUGAAGUCGAGGGUGUUGGCGAUAUACUUGGUGGACUGGGCGAUGAUGAUGACGAGCUGCUUGACUCUUUGACGGCAGAAAUGGGAGCAGAUUUCAAUAUUUUGGAAUACGCUGAUCCUGAAUUGGACACAACUGAUGGAGAAAAGUCCAACUUGUUGGACAGCUUGGAAUUGGAUGAGCCUGAAGGGGAGAAAUCAGAGGACAAGGCAAAAUCUUGUACAACGGGAGACCCGAACAAACCGGAAACAAUGGAUACCGACGAAAAAGUUGAUGAUUCCAAGAUUCCACGAUCUACAACUAUAAUGCAGACCACCGUGAUGGCUGCUACUUCGUCAACGGUUGUUUCGCAACAACAGUUACCAACAGGAGUUAUGGUACAAAGUCAACAACAAAUGAUGCAUACUCAGCAGAUGCAAACAAUACAGCAACAACUGACGCUUCAGCAGCAACCCCAAGGCGUUGGACAACAACAGCCUACGCAGCUUCAGCAGUUGAUAAGCGGUGGCCAACCGAUGGGACCUCAAUCCCAAGGUCCACCACAGCAACUUCAACAACAACUGCUCGCUGGCCAGAUGAAGUCCGUACGACCCAACAUAUUAACACCUGCACAACUCCAACAAAUACAACAACAAAUGCAGCAACAGGUUCAACAAGCUGCAGCCAUGGGUAAGCCAAUGGCAGUUGGAACACGAUUGUUAUCCAAGGAAGGUGCUGUCGGAGUCGUUACUCCGAAUAACACUGUUUCUGUUAGCAUACGCACCGGGGCUUUGAAUGAUCCGCGUGGUCAGCAGUUGAAACUGGGCCAUCCGGCAGGAAUGGUUCAGCAGAAUCUGAUCCAAGGUCAACAGCAGACCAGAAUCGUGCAGCAAAUUCCAGGAAACCGUAUCAUACAAACCGUGGCCAAUCCCAAUCAACCGGGUCAAGCGCCGGUUGGUCAAUCGGUUUUGCACCAGCAACUUCAGCAACCAACUCAACAACCGGCGGGCGCCGUUCCGGUUAGCGUUCCGGGACAACCACCUCCACCGCCAUAUCCGGAACCGCCACCUCCCUAUCCAGGAAGCCAAUCUGGUGCUAUGCCGGGUGCCCCUGCUGUUAAUCAGCCGCCACCACAAUCUCAGUCACAACCGCAAUUGCAAACCCUGCCUUUGUCACAACCACCACCAUCACUACCGCCCAUGCCACCACCAACACCUCAACCACUCCCUUCUCUUCCUCCAAUGGGUUUCUCCUCGUUCGGAGCGUUGGACCAUCAGUCUCCAAUGAGUGGCCAGUUGCCAUCGAUGGAUCGCCACCACCAUCUGGCAGGAUCUCGCAAUGGCAACUUUGUUGGGCAAAGAAAUUACUAUUCGAGCGCCAGACGAUCGUUACUGCUGAAGGAGCAAAGACUGCUGUUGGAAGAUCUGCUGGAGCAGGAAAAACGAGAGCAGGCUGGUCAGCUGGCGGCGGCCAGUGGCGAUGGGAAUAAUCAGAACAUGCCACCUGGCAUUUUGUGCGAACAGGACUUUGAAACACUGUUGAAUAAUCAACAACAACAGCAGCAACAACAGGGCAUGCAACAACCAGGAAUGCGAUUAGUUCAGCAGAGCAUUAUCCAAAAUCAGCCGCCUGGUCAGGUUCCCACACAAAUACAACUCCAGCAGCAACAAGGUCUCCCUCAUCAGCAACAGCUGCAACAUCCACAACCGGGUCAAAUCCAAUCUCCAGUUGGAAGUGGUCCUGCAGGUCCGUUCAUUAUGCAACAGCAACGCAUCACAGCGCCUCAGUGGCGUUCCCAAACUCCAGUCCCUGGAGGAGCCGUGGCGAACUUGAUAAAUCCUUUGAACAAAGCAGCUGGCCCUAGCGGUACCCAACCGAUGGUGCAACCACAAAUGGAAGCAACCCACAAGCCUAUUCAAAUGUAUCAGGCAAAUCUGCAACCAGCACCGCCCGUUCCACCAGAGAAUAUAACCAACGAUCAAGAGCGACAAACGCAAAUCACCUACGAAAAUUGGAUGAAUCAGCAAAACAUUGCUCUCACCAAUCAGUUGAAACAUUACGAAACGGAGAUAGGGAAGUUGCGCAAGGUUAAAAAGCAGUUGAACACGAAACAACGUCAACUGAAGAAAGCGGGCAAUGAACUACCGGAAGGUGAUUUGAAGGAGUUAUCACAAGUUACUUCGGAUCAUGCAGUCAUACAGAAACAGUUGGACAAUGCCAGAAAGCAACAUCGCCAACAUACUGUCCUUAUGCAAGAGUACAAAACAAAACAACAAGCCAAAAUGCAGGCUAGUAUGCCAGCCGCACCCGGAAGUUCUCCCGCGCAGAUUGCGCCGCCAUCACCUUUGAUGUCUCCUUCACCGAGCUCGCAACAAACCUUGAUUCAUCAACCACCAGUACAAUCUCCUCUGAAUAACCCAAUUCUACAGCCAAGUCAGAGUCCAAUGCACUCUCCUGGCCCACUGAUGUCGCAAAGUCCAGGGCCGGGCAGUGUUAACUCCAUAAUGCAGAGCCCAAGUCAUCACACAAACUCAAACAGCGCUAUGUCUCCUUACAACACAAUGCAACAAUCGCCCCGGAUUGGUACGCCGCACUCGCAGGCCGCUGACGAAAACCCCUUCAGCCCGGGACCGUCGCCUUCUCCAUCCAUACCCGGAAGACUAACGUCGCCGGCACCGAGAAUGACAUCACCACAGCACCGGAUGUCCGGCCAGCAAAUGCCACCAGGACGCAUGGUCACCAGUCCUGGUGCUCAAUACGCCCAGCAAAACAUCAUAAUGCAGAAUCAGAUAAUGGGACAGCAGCAGACUCGCUUCGUGCGUCCACAGAUCAUUCCGAACGAUCCGAACGUGCGGAUGCGAGUAGCAAGUUCGCUUCAGCAACAGCAGCAACAACAACAGCAUCAGCAGCAAAUGAUGCAACAAAACCCCAACAUACGACAAAUGCAACCCGGUUACACUUCUCCACUUGGCAGCCCACAGCCAAUAAUGUCUCCCGGAACACCCCAACAACAACAACAGCAGCAGCAACAACAACAACAGCAGCAACAAAUUCAUCAGCAACAGUUGAUGCAACAACAAAGGUUGCAACAAAUGCAACAGCGUCAACAAAUGAUGCAAAUGCAGCAGCAGCAACAACAACAGAUUAUUCAGCAGCAAACUUCACAACUUCCGCAAAUGCUGCAACAACCACAGAUGCAAAUGUCACAACAACAGCAUAUUCAACAGCAAAUGAACCCGAUGCAACAACAGCAAGGCCAGCAGCAAAUCAAUUAUGCCAAGCAAAGUCCUGUUCAUCAACAGCCUCCGUCACCGUUGCUAAGUCAAGGUGGCAGAACUACCCCAUCUUCUUCCCCUAUGCCUCCAAGCCCCAUGUUGUACUAUCAGCAACAGCAGCAACAACAACAACAACCACAACAUCAACAACAACAAAUGAUUAGACGCCCACCAAGUGCCGGAUCUCAAGGUUUGGGCCCUAGUCCGGGACAAUUCAUCCAACAGGAAUCAAUGGAAGGGCCAAUAAACAUCGUUACCAGUGUUGCUAGCAAUAGUGGCAGCACCGGCGGCGGUGGAGGAGGGGGCAUCAACCAUCCAUCGAAUCCCAUUCCGAUAAUGCCUUGCUUCGGGAAGUACGGUUACAUAAAACUGGGACUUCGGGGAGGAUCUCCGAUGUGGGGCAAUGCAAGGGGUAAUCCGCCGCCCAAGGGUCCCAAUCCAAUCGGGCAUCUACAACAGCAACUACAAUCGGGAAAUAAAGCCCAUGGGCAGCAAAUGGCAGGAUCAUCUUCAGGUCCGGCGGGACCAUCGCUACAGCAACACCAGCAAAUGGAGGCAGCGAAAAAAGCUGCGAUGAUGCGCAAUAGGCUGACCAUUGUGCAGAAAACUAGUCAACCACAGCAGGGAAGCUCGGAGGAAAUCGUCGUGAUCGACAGCAGCCCGGAUGAGAAGCGGAGAAUGAUGGAUUAUGAUGAUGAAACCGAUAAACGAUUGGUGACCACGGAAGUGUCGUUAAGCUCAGUUGCUCAGCCAGCUGUGGAUGGAGAUGAGAUCAUAGAGCCGUUUGCCCACAGCAGAUACGAUAUAGGUGCUAGUCCAUUGGGAGCACAUAUUGAAGGAGGGGAAUACGAACUUUUCGGGCAGGAUGUAGUCACGCCGGCAAACAAAGACGGAGAAAAGAGUUUGACCGUGGAAGUCAUCAAGAGCAAUAUCUCGAAAGAAGGUGAACAUUCAAAUGCUGGAGUGGUAAUCAUAGACGGUGGGGACAAAACUGUACAAACUAAUGAACGUAAUAUCGCUACGACGGAGGAUUUUGAAGCUAUGAUAGAUAGCCGCCCUAAGGAUGCUGAUGGCAAACAAGACGAGGAGACCAAGGAUUCGACUAGCGAUGAACCGAUGAAGGCAGGCAUGAAAACUCCUACAAAAGACACCACAGUAAUAUCCGUAGGACUUCAACAAAGUCCAAAGCCGAUUACGUACCCCGGAAGAAUUGCUAUUCAAAAAACGAUCCUUCAAAAUCGUCCUCAAAUGGUUACGGCAGUCUCGGCUGCUCAUAAAAAGCUUGUGAAAGACGCGACCGAAAGUGCCAAGCUUUCUAUAGGCAAUACCACCAUAUCGGUACCAAUUUUGAAAAGCUUUCCGAUAGCGGCAACUCCUCCGAAAACUCCAACUGAAGGUGCACCUAGCCAAGCAAAAUCUGUUUUGCCAAGUCAGACAAAGAAGAUAAUCACAUCUACUGCUAUCUCGCUGAGCAACAUAUCUAAAAAUACGUCAGGGACUGUCAUCGCAGUGGCUGGACAAAAAAUCAACACCACAAGCAUAGUGCCACUUACUUCGUUGAAUCUUAAUCAAUCGUCCCCCUUCAUCACGAAGACCUUCGCCAGAACAGGCCCAAACGCACCGCAGCAUUCCCAAGGUCAACAUCAAACGACUUCGCAGAUAAAAAUUCAACAAAUUCCUCAGACUUCUGCGCAAGGGCCAAGUGUGCCACAAGCCCAUCCGUCUUCUGCUAUGGACAACCUAGUUGUCAAAGCAAAACCGAAUGUUCCAUCGCCCAGUAUGGGUUAUGCCAAAUUAUCUUCGCUGACGGUAACGCAAGAUACCUCCCUACCGACGAAGAUAUUCGAAGAUGAUUCCAUAUCGCCGGACAGUUCCAUUGGACAGGAAGAUUCCGAUCAGCUGGGAAUGGAAAAAGUUGAACCGACGAUAGACGAGGCUGCACGUGCCGAUGGUGCGGUAUCGGAAGUGGAUAACCAUCCGAUGGCUCCUCACGAAGGUUCGAAUGACUCCCAUUCCGGUGAGAUUAAGAAACAUGGCGUUAUUCCGGUCCAUGUCAUUUCCAAGUCACGAGAAAACUCAAAAAGCCCAAUUCUGGGACCGGUAGGUCAACGUGUCUCCGCAAUGCCCCAGCUUUCGCCUCUGUCUCAACCGAACGAGCUGACCAUGAACGCGAUGAAUGUGUCUCAACAGGUGCGUUCGAUCAUGUCGUCGAUCAAUUCGAACACAAUUCCGCCGGGAUCGUCAAUCAAAACAGAAGCAAGCGGGACAGUCAUCACGACAACUCCUGCUACAUCCGCUAGCACAAUUUCGACCAUCACCUUUGACACAGUGAUACCUUCACAGGGAGAUAAUAUGAGCAAGCCGGAAACAAUUGCAAGUAUUUUGAAGACCGUGUCUGGAAAGACCAUUCUGCCGGCUGCAGCGGUGGCCAAUGCGUCCAAUGCCAAUAAAUCCGAACAAGCACAGUCGGUAACUAGCAUAUCGUCCAUUCCCGGGACUAAGCUUUUGAACCAACAGUUGCAAAUUGGCCGUGUAUCUCCAGCUGUUCCGCCAAGUGGAAGUAACAUCGUGGUGGUGAAGCAAGUGCGAGCUCCUAUGCAGAAGCAGAUUAGUCAGGCACAGGCACAAAAACAGCAACUAGUGGUCAUGCAACAACAGCAAGCGUUGAAGUUUCAACAGCAGAAUCAGCAACAAUUGCAAAUGCAGCAGCACCAGCAGCAACAACAGCAAUUGCAACAACAACAAGCUGCAUCACAACAGACUGGUGUCAUAAUCCAGGGUCAAGGACGCAUUCAAACUAUAGAAAUCCCUAGAAGCACCGCAGAUAAUAGCAGUACAAGUAGCAUAGCUAGCAUAUUGAGUAGCACUUUGCAAUCGCAAACGAGGAUUGUGAAUUUCAGUGAAAUAUCGACUAACACGAGUCAACCACCUGGUCUAGUUGUGACAUCUCGGCCCGGGGUUAUAUCUACACCUGGAAGUGGAGUUUUGUUGACCAGCAGCAGUUCUGCUCCUACGCCGUCAACCGCGACUAGCAUCCUCAGCGCAACCCUAUCUCAACCGAUGCAAUCUAUGAAAAUGAGUACACCGACGAUUUCCACAUUGCUUCAAAACCAAUUGCAAGGGUCAUCAUCGUUCCGGAGAUCUAAAUCUACUGAUGAGGUGCCUGCUGGAUUUCCACGAGAGCCAGCUGGUCAAACUGUAAGCAAACGGCUUAGUCUGGAGGCUUCAAAUACCGUGAAGAGUGAACCGAUGGAUACGACGGAUGACAAUAACGUGUCAUCUACUUCUUCUGUAAGCUCAACUACGGGUCAGGCAAGUGGUUGUAAAUUCUCAACUAUGUCUACACCAUCUGGAACUAAGAUAGAGUCAGACAGUCAAAAUGUUCUGUUGAAGCAGCUUCUACAGAACACGGGUUGUACUUCGGCUCCAUCUCCUACGCCGACAUCAAUGGCCCGACCAGUUCCAAGCCUGAUAACCAAUCAACGGGCACCAAGUCUAGGCGUAGUAAGCUCUUUGGAAGCCCAACUGGCUCGACCUGUUAUACCACCGUCCACAAAUCCGCCGGCCAUUCAAAUCAUCACUACACAAGCUGUGACGAUACCUACAUCAAGCCCUGCGCCAACCACAUCCGAACCACAUAAGGUUAGUGCCACUAAGAUAGUUUCUCGGGAAACCUCAUUUGUGUCGAAACCCCAAACGGUAACGAUAUCAUCCAGCCAUCCGACACCGCAUUUGUUUGCUAAUAUGCGAGCAGCAAGUAUGAAAAAAGAGGAAAUGAUGCAAGCGGCAGCGGCCUCAGCUGCUGCAGCAUCUGCAGCUGCUUCCGGAUGUAUCACGGCACAACCCAUCACUGUUCAAAGCACGGUGAAAACUGAAUCUGGUCAAAUGACCGUCACCCAAAUUACGCAUCCCAUUGUCCAGCCACAGCAGCCUCCGCAGGCACUGCUGCAACAGCAGCUUCAGCAGCAACCACAACUUCAACCGAAUCAGCUGCCAGUAUCAUCGGCGGACAUACCCAGUAUGACAACAUAUAUCAAGCGGGAACCAACACCGGUUCAAUCAGUGCAUAUGAAGCCUCCAGAACAACAACUCCUACAAAAUUCAUCGCAACCUCAGCAAGCCCAAUCUCAGCCAAUGUCUCGAACGCCAACUCCCGUAGAGGUGAAGAAAGAGCUGCCUGAUGAAUCCGUUUCCGGUCCCUCACCGGUAUUCCCUUCUCCGGUACCGACCCCCACAGAUACAGUCAAACAGGAACUUUCUUUCACGCCAACACCAACUAAAGAGGAACCCAUGGAGCAACAAACUUCGAUGGAAGCAGCUGGUAAAACACCCGCCGAAAUAGCCCACGAAUUGAAGAAGAAGAAACGGCGAGAGUAUCAGAAAAAUCGACGACAGCAACAAAUAAACUCAAACAAAGAGCCUCACCAGACCAAGAAGAAGCCCAGAAAAUCUGCCAAACUGGAAGAGGACUACGACACCUAUAUUGACAACCUGAUGCUACAGCUUCGACAGCUGCCACCAAUGCAAAUUCUGGAACCGCUUCUUCCUCGAAACUAUGGAAUCUGUCAACUGUUUGGAACGGGUGAUCUCAGCAAAUUCACCAACACGAAAAACUAUUCAAUUGCAACCGGAGAUCUCACCGGUGUCUACGGACAUGCACAAAUCCCUAACGUUGCCGACUUUUACAACACUAAACCGUUUGGCGUAAAGAUCCCUCCGCCUGAAAUUGUGCCUCCUUCAACGCAACGUGGUUUCUACGACCAGGAGUUCCCGCCAAUAAAGUUCGAAAACGAAGAUCGCUGUCGGUACGAUUAUGUCAAGGAUCGAGACCUGGAUUCCCCCGACACCAUCGUCAGCACGUCCAGCCCCGAAUGCGUCCGCUGGGAGUCUCCAAUCCAUUUCCCUGGGUUGCGGGUCAUCAAAGAGGAAAGCAACGAAGACGAGCAGGCGAUGGUCUUCAAGCGAAUGUCCCCGAUCAUUCCGAUUGUCGCUCCCGUUCCGAUUAGGUUGAAGCGGGGUAUUUCGCUGUCGGCGGACAAAUCGUUGAGUUUGAUCGGUCCUGGUAGCAACAAGGAAAACGAAGGAAUCAAAGAACCGCUUGGUAUAAAAUCGAGAUUUGGUCCACCGACGCCGCUGAAGGACUCCAGUAAUGUGACGGUCACACUAACGUUGACAUCGUCUGCGGCGGAGGACAUCAUUGGGGUACUGCGAGAUCUUGCCAACAUUCUGGAGAUUGCGCCGCCAAUGUCGUACCAGAUUGUGGAGCGUACCACCACUCCGCCUAGUCAAAAGCUCGGUUUGUACCGAACCAAGGGUCGAGAUGGCAAAGAGGGAGCACCCAUAGACAUCCAGACAAUCCUGAAUGGAGCGGCUAAAUUUUGCAGACAUUGUGACGUGGUGAUACUGAAUACGUUGAUUACGGCGAAGCCGUCGGAAUUCCCUCUGUUGACGAAUAAUGUGAACCAGGAUCUGGAAUCGGAGGAACUAUACUUCUGCAGCAAGGCAUGCUACCGGCAGUUCCAGUGGCGUCCAACGAACAUUCUGGAAGAUAAACUGCUUGGAGCUGAUGGAAGCAAACUGCGCGAAAAUCUCGCUUCCCGAUUCGAUCUGGAUCUGGAUGAGAGCCUAAGCAUGGGAGCAUUGGACAUCAAACAGGAGCUCAACGAAGACGGCGAUGUAAGUAUGACCAGUAUGCGGUCCUCGGAUAGCAAGGACUCGUCCGUAAAUGAGCGGAAGAAAAAGUUGGACGAGGACAAGGAGAUCGGACCCCCUCCAAAGCAGUUGAAGGGCGUCAAAUACAAAUUCUUCGGAUCGAGCUGUUUCCAGAUUCAGCGCUACAAAAAGCCAACGGAGAAGGAAAUUACAGAAAUGUUGUUCCGGAUGUGCAUCACCGUGACACCCACACCCAAAAUGCCGGAUGACACGAGACGUUGCAUAUUCUGUCACACAACCGGAGACGGAGUGGCCGAUGGGCCUUCGCGGCUGCUGAACUACGACGUCGACAAGUGGGUUCACUUGAACUGUGCUCUCUGGUCCGACGGAGUCUACGAAACCGUCAAUGGCGCAUUGAUGAACUUGGAAAACGCCCUCCAGCAGAGUCUGAGCUCGGCUUGUACAUUCUGUAACAACCUUGGGGCAACCAUCAAGUGCUUCAAGACUCGUUGCGCCAAUGUAUAUCAUCUGAGUUGUGCCAUGAAGGAUAGUUGCGUGUUCUACAAGAACAAGACGACCAUGUGCCAGUCGCAUGCACCAAAGACCGAAAAGGAUUCCGAACUGACCACGCUGAGCGUCCAGCGACGCGUGUACGUCGAUCGGGACGAGAGCCGACAGGUGGCAUCGGUGAUGCACCACUCCGAGUCGAAUAACCUUCUGCGGGUGGGUAGUUUGAUCUUCUUAAGUGUCGGUCAGCUACUGCCGCAUCAGUUGCAGAACUUCCACACACCCAACUACAUCUACCCGAUUGGAUACAAAAUUAUACGUUUCUAUUGGUCGAUGCGACGUCCGAACAAACGCUGCCGUUACGUGUGCUCGAUUGCGGACGUGUGCGGUCGGCCGGAGUUCCGAGUCCUUGUUCAAGAGUCGGCGGAGGAAGACAUCGAACUGCGGGACAUCACGCCGAAGGCCGUUUGGCAGCGGAUACUGGACCCGAUGGCCAUCUUGCGGAAGGACAGCCACAUAGUGCAGCUCUUCCCCAAGUACGUUACCGGAGAGGAUCUUUUCGGCUUGACGGAACCGGCCGUGGUUCGCAUUCUGGAAAGUCUUCCCGGCAUUGAAACGUUGACGGACUAUCGGUUCAAGUACGGUCGCAAUCCGCUGCUGGAACUGCCCUUGGCGAUCAACCCUUCCGGAGCCGCUCGGACGGAACCAAAGUUGAAACAUUCGCUGACGUGGAAGAAACCGCACACGCAACGCACUGGGUCCGUUACUCAGCGACCGACUUUCGUUCCAACGAGCUCGCCGGCCGGCGAGGUUGCCUGUCCCUACAGCAAACAGUUUGUACAUUCCAAGAGUUCGCAGUAUAAGAAGAUGAAGCUAGAAUGGCGCAACAAUGUCUUCCUGGCGCGGUCAAAAAUCCAAGGGUUGGGUCUGUAUGCCGCCAGAGAUCUGGAGAAGCACACAAUGGUGAUUGAGUACAUCGGAGAGGUUAUUCGUACGGAGGUUUCGGAGUUGCGAGAAAAGCAGUACGAAGCAAGGAAUCGUGGCAUCUACAUGUUCCGCCUGGACGAGGACCGCGUGGUCGAUGCGACACUGUCCGGCGGUUUGGCCCGCUACAUCAACCAUUCGUGUAACCCGAACUGCGUCACGGAGACCGUGGAGGUCGAGCGAGAACUGCGCAUCAUCAUUUUCGCCAAGCGGCGGAUUAACCGCGGUGAAGAGUUGUCCUACGACUACAAGUUCGACAUCGAGGACGAUGCGCACAAGAUUUCCUGCAUGUGCGGUGCGCCCAAUUGCAAAAAAUGGAUGAACUAAGGGGUCGUAAGUUGUGUACUAUUAUUUGUUUAAAUUAUUCUUUAAUUGUGGAGCUUGUUCAGAAGCUCCGAUUUAGUUGUAUAGUUGUUUAGUACUCUCAAUGUUUUUUUUUUAUUAGGUUAGUCGUAUUUAGGAACAAAAGUCAGUUUUUCACAGACACCUACAACAGCUAUGAUAUGACACAAAUAAGAUAACAAGUCGAGCUAGUCUUAAGGGAAAAGAUGUAGAUCAUGAGUAUGUGUUUAAUACAAUAUGUGUAAUUAGAGUUGAUUCAAUAGUUUUUAUCACGACGAUCGGUUACAUUGUAGCCGUUCUGUUUUCAAUUAUUUUUUCUCCUGUCAGUGAGAUUGUAGCAGAAUUGUCCCUCAUUAAAAAGGAAGUAGUUUGCUUUAGCUAGAAGCACUUUCGAACUAGACAUACACGGGAGGGUGAACCCAAGCCUGGAUCAAAUCAAAUAGGUUUUGUAGAUCAUUAAGUAGCAAAGGAAAAGUGUACAUCAACACUAGUAAAGUAGGUAGACAGAGUUUAUUUCAAAUUCAAAAUAAAAAAUCGACAAAAACACGGAUGAAAUCUGGGAUUAAGGCAAAACAAGUUAUUAGGAAGUAGGUAUACAACUAGCAUAGUAAGACUCACAAAAAGUACUUGAUAAACAAUAAUGAACAACACAACCCUAGCCUUAGGGAAAUCAAAGAAAUAAGAAAACAACAAACCUAGAAUCACCUCCAACAGUGGACUCACACAGAACCCACACAUCCAUAUAUUUUCAGACGAUUGUUUUGCAAUAUAUAUUUUGUAUACACUAAAUCAUAAAUGUUAAAAACUAGAUGCAAAUCUCUUCUCAGUUGAUUGAGAACGAAUGGAACGCCGGGGUAGCAGUGCUAUCAUCGGGCAACGGAGGGAAGAUGUAAUUAUUAUUAUUAUUGAUUGUCCCGAACCGCAUACCGGUAUCGGACAUUAGGCAUAGAAGUGGUGAUGCAAGUGUGUAGCAAUAGAAAAAGCACCUCUGUGUUGAUAUAAAAAAAAACGCGAAAGAAAUCACAGCUAGAAAGCUUAACGUAUACAGACAUUUGUAACAUAUAAGCUUAGCAAUGGCACGGCGAAAUAGAAAACUUGAAACAUUA